AGGGGUGGGUGGCUUGGAAUGUCAUCUAUAAUGACCCACCCAGCUCUGCCCACUUACCUUCCACAAUCUGCUGGCUGGGUUAAAGCGAACGGAGCAUCAAGAGAUCAUCAAUCUGUGUGUAACACUUUGAUAUGUAUCAUCAAAACCAUUAUUUGUUGUGGUCAGACAGACCAGUCUGUAGGCAUAGCUUGAGAAGACGCUGUGGUGGACUUGGCUAUGAUUGCUGUGGACAGCAGGAGAAUGAGGACAGCAGUGCUUCAUGGAUGCAUGAGCAACCGACAGUGUGCUAUUAUGCUGGUGAAACUGACCUCACCCACGAAUAUAUUGAGAUAGAGACAGAUUCCUGCUUGACUGUAGCUGAUCAAGAUUUUGAAGAGGUCCACAUUGGACAGGAGCUGGAAGACCACGAAGUCUGGUUGGAACAGACCCAUCAAACAGACUAUGACCAAGAACACAUUCACGGAGUGUCGUCUUGCCCUCCGACAAAUCACAGAAUGAAUGAAGGGUCAGAACAGAAUAAAGGCUGUUUAUGCCCAUACAGGACUGUUCAUUCAAGAUGGGGCAAUGAGGCAACCAACCAGUGUCCAUGUGUGUCUCCUCAGUGUUUUAAUGUGAGGAACACCCUGGUAGUCGGGGUUGAGGUGGAUGUUCUAGAAGAGCUGGUUUAUGAAGACACAGAAAUUGUGCAAACACAGACAGUGUUUGAUGGAAGUCUGGAAAACCAUCCUAUGAACUCCACAUCAUGUUGUUGCAACCAACUGUUUCUUCAGUGAACAGAAUUGCAAUUAUUUUUAGUAGUACUAUUGUUAUUAGUAUUAGUAGUUGUAUCAGUUGUAUUUUACAGUGUUUGUGUGUUUCUACAUGAUUAUAUCUACAUCUUCUGCAGAAAGGUGCUGCAUACAGGACAAUCCAAUCAAUAUAAUCACCAUUCAUAUUCAUUCACUUUUCUACACUGGAUUUAAUGAGUGAUUGCAAUAACUCUUAAACAAAGUCAUUCAAAGUGGGUUUGAUCCAAAAUGUUCCAUUCUAGAGAAACUUACCAAAAUUUCAUACAUUGGUGGUGAUAUAUAAAACCAUAAAUACAGUAUAUAUAAGUAAAACAAGCACAACCACAUUAUAAAAAAUUAUUAGAGUUUUGUUAAUGAACUGUUUAUAACAAUUAAAGAGUGUUAAAU